AUGACAGAACAAAUCAAACAGGACAUGGUAGGCAAGGUCGCCUUCAUCACCGGCUCCGCCAAGAACAUGGGCAAAGCCUUCGCCCUCGCCCUCGCCCGCCGUGGCGCCGACAUUGUCAUUCACCACCGCAAAGACACGUCCGAGGCCCAGACGGCAGCUCAAGAGAUCCAAUCCCUCGGCCGCCGCACCCUUAUCGUCCAAGGCGAGCUCACAUCAGUUUCUGUGAUCGAGCAGAUUUUUGCUCAGAUUCUUUCGACUUUUGGGCAUAUUGAUAUUGUAAUCAACAAUGCCGGUGUGGUGUUGAAGAAGCCGAUGGCCGAGAUUUCAGAGGAAGAGUAUGAUGAUGUAUUUGCGAUUAAUGCAAAGGUGCCGUUUUUUAUUAUGAAAGAGUGUGCCAAGCAUAUGGCGGAUGGGGGUAGGGUGAUUAAUAUUGGAACGAGCUUGCUGGCUAUUACGACGGGAGAGUAUUCGGUUUAUGCUGGGUCAAAGGCUCCAUUGGAGGAUUUUACGAGGGCGCUUGCAAAGGAGGUUGGAAGUAGGGGUAUUACUGUUAACACUAUUGCACCAGGCCCAAUUGACACGCCAUUCUUCUACGGACAAGAGACAAAGGAGUCGACGGCCCUGUUUGCGUCACUGAGUGUCGCCGGUCGGUUGGGAGAUGUCAAGGAUGUCGUCCCCGUUGUCGAGUUCAUUGCCUCGCCCGAUUCGCAGUGGGUCACUGCUCAGACUCUCUUUGUCAACGGCGGUGUUACCUCCCGAUAA